UGCUGGAUUUUGCUCUUUGAUUAUUUCUCACCUAAAACCUUACGCAUUUUGAUUUCAGGAAACAAAAAAGAGGUUGCAUUAGCAUCCUUGGGAGAGAGCAAAGAGGGCAGUGAGCGGCACAGACGAGCCAAACGGGAAUCCUUGUCACGUUCCAAAAGAAGAUGGGUCCUGUCUACCAUAGAACUAGAAGAGGAAAUGGACGUGAUAUACCCGUACAAAAUUUCCACGAUGUACAAUGACAAGACAGCAAAUGUAAAACAUGAGUUUCAAAUAACUGUAGAAGAUGAGCCCGAAGGACUGUUCACCAUCAAUAAAGCAACUGGAGAAGUCUAUGUACAUAGGCGCCUCGACAGGGAAAAGAAGAAAUCCUAUCAUAUCACAUUUGAUGUCUGGGACUUAACAGCAGGAAAAAAAAUUGACAAAGAACUAUCUUUUGAUGUGGACCUAAUAGACAUAAACGACAACGCACCGAGAUUCACUAAUCAGUUUCAGAAAAGUUACGAUGUGAUGGAAAAUACGAAAGUAGGAGAAUACCUGCCAGUGUCAGUGAACGUUGUAGAUGAUGAUCUGGAAGGCACAAUUAACUCAACAGUAGUGGUCACUGUGGGUAAACAAAGCCCACCUGAACCAAAAAUUGGAGUUAAGAGAAUUGAUGGCAGACUGCAUCAACUUGUAUCUGAAGGAUGCUUUGACUAUGAUAAAGCAAAACAGUAUUCAGUUGUAAUUAAUGCAUCUGAUCGUGGAAAGCCGCCCCUUUCCAGAAAUGUGACUGUUACACUCAAUGUUAUUGACACAAACAGCCAUCAACCCACGUUUAAGAAGAGACAGUAUGAAGCUGAGGCUGUGGAAAUGCAAACCCCUGAUGAUAUUUUAAGAGUUGCAGUAGAGGAUAAGGACACUCCCAACACUGACGGCUGGCGAGCCAAGUACUCCUUUAUCAGUGGCAAUGAAGAUAAAAUGUACAAAAUUACCACUGACCCUAAAACAAAUGAAGGGAUCAUUGGUGUUGUCAAGGCGAAGAAUUUUGACGUAACUACUUUGGUAAAACUGCAAAUCGGAGUUGAGAAUAUUGAACCAUUAAAAGUCUGUAAAGAUGGAAAAUUAAUUGAAGAUUUAAGCAUCCUUCCACCUAAGGAUUCUGUCAACCUCACAGUGAAAAUGGUUGACACUAAUGACGCUCCGGUGUUUGAAAAAUAUACAGAAGAGGUAUACCAGACAGAGGAAUCAGAGAAAGGACAGGUGCUGUAUACCCCUAAGGUUAAAGAUGUUGACUCCCCUAACGUCAGGUUUGAACUGUUAGAAGACCCUGCUAAAUGGGUGACUAUUGAUAAAAAAACAGGAGCAAUCACAACAAUCGAGAAGAUGGAUAGAGAAUCACCUUUUGUAGAUGAGAACAAUAUUUACAGAAUUGUUAUUGCUGCCAUAGAUGAUGGUUCACCUCCAGCCACAAGUACAUGCACAGUCAGUGUCCACCUCAGGGAUAUCAAUGAUAACACUCCUACGCUGCUCAACAAGACUGCCAUUUUGUGUUCAAACCAUGCUGACAAGGUCAUGGUGCGUGCUAAAGAUGCUGAUGCUGAGCCAUACAGUGGACCCUUUGGUUUCUCCUUGGCAAAUGAUAAAACUGCGAAAGAACACUGGAAAAUAGAACCUGAAUAUGGUGAAGAAGUUAGCAUUAGAUUGCUGACAAAACUUCCCAAGGGUAACUACUCUGUACCACUGGUGAUUCAGGACAAGCAGAAUCAACCUUCAAAGGAGAGUUUGUCCAUUGUGGUGUGUGACUGUGUCAAACCCGGUGUGUGCGCUUUACCAAAGCCUCUGUCAACUGGCAUUGGUAUUGCUGCCAUAGGACUAAUUAUUGCAGCACUGCUUGUUUUUCUGUUGUUGCUCUUUCUUUUGACGGACAAAAGAAAAUUUAUAAUCCCUGAUGUGAAAGAUGAAUACAAACAGACUUUGAUGAGGUACAAUGAAGAAGGACUGGGCAAUGAUUGCAAGGCUGAGUCCAAAGUCUUAGCAUCAAAGACUACGGAGAGUAUGACAGACGGCAUCAAGCUGGGCCACAUGCAGAACAUUGAGGCCUCCCCAGGAAUGGUCCAAAAUGUUGAAACAUACUACACAACAAACUCCAAUAUGAGCUCAAACAUGGAGACAUGGAACUCUCAACAGCAGGGAGGCUUCCACAGAAGCAUGAAGGGGAAUUCCAGACGCUCAACAUCGUUAUACAACAGGAGAGGCACAGUUCAGAACAACUACACCUUUAACCGUUCUUUAAGUACCUGGUCAGAUGAUCGUAUUAUCAGUCUACUGGACAGGCGUCUUACAGUGACUGAUAGUAACCAAACAGGUAGCUCAGAUGACUAUGUCAAGAUUUAUCAUCAUGAGGAGAAUGGCAACAGUUGUAUGUCACUGGAUUUGCUGUCAUCUGACUACCAUCAGGAUGACUUAAGCUUUUUGAAUGAUCUCGGACCACAGUUCAAGACCUUGGAAAACAUCAUUAGGGCAGAUAAGUCUGAAGUUAUUAAAGCAGAGAAGUCUGAAAUUUGAAAGAAUGCUGGAAUCAAACAUUCAUCCCAAUUAAAUCUCUCAUGCCCUCUAGAUUGGUGUUAAAAAUGGAUACAAAUGGACUUUUUCAUAGUUGCAUCAACAUAGUAGCUGAAUUUUGUACAUAAUGUACAUAUACAUACACAUCAUGCACCUUUAAAGUGAAGUACCGCACACCUGCAUUUGAACACUACAAAGAGAUUGUGUGGUAAAGCAGCUGCAGUUUGCUUGCUGUUGUAUGAAGCAGGUCAUGCUCUGUUGAUUAUGAAAAGUUGCUUUUUAUUAGAAAUAGGAUGUACUUGUUUGUGUCUUACUUUGUUAAAGCGAGCAAAAUUGGUUCAAUUUUGACAACUAACAUAUGAAUACUUGUGGACAAUGGGAUUUUUAAAAAAUAUUUGUACUAUAUAUAAACUUUUUGUAAAGGGUCCUUUAUGAGGAUGAACAAAAAAAACUGGGUAAAGUGAGUAAUACUUUUUUAUUAAGCUGUAAACUUGUCCAUGCAAUGGUGAGGCUCUAGUGGGGAAAUAAUGCUGAACAUUUGACAAAAUUCAAUUUACUGCUUGUUUUGUGAUAUAAGCAAUUUAUAAUUCUUGUUUUGGAUUGUUCUCUUUUUUUAAGGAAAAGUACAUGUAUUGUGUUAUUGUCUUUGUUUAACAUUACAAAGAAAUAUUCACAGCAAUAGAAUGUGAAUGUGUUAAGCUUUUUCUCCAGUUUCCAUCUGAACAAUAAAAGCAUUUUAAUUGGG